UUAGUAUUGAUAAGUGAAAGCUAAAAAUGGAUUGGCAUUUUGAGAGAACAGUACCAUUUGUUCCUCCUCCAGAGUCUUCUUUAAGCUUCUUAUAUAACUAUAACAACUACACUUAUUCAGGAAUGGAAGCUAGUGAAGUGGCAGUGGGUGAGACUCAACAAAGGUUGCUUUCUGCGAAUGAUGAUGAAAUGAAUAUGAAUAAUAAUGGAAAUGACUACCGAGAGAAGAAGAAGACGAAGAACACGAAGAUAAAAUUAACAAGUAACCAAGUUGAGUCAUUGGAGAAGAGUUUCCAAGAAGAAAUAAAGUUAGAUCCUGAUAGAAAGAUGAAGCUUUCUGCGGAGCUAGGGCUUCAUCCUCGCCAAAUUGCUGUCUGGUUUCAAAAUAGGCGUACUAGGUGGAGGACCAAGCAGCUUGAGCAUUCCAAUGAUGUGCUUAAGCAAGAAAAUCAGAAGCUCAAAGAAGAGGUGAUGGAGUUGAAGGAAAAGCUAAAAGAGAAAGAUGAUUUCAGGAUGCAGACAUUUGGUGAUGAAGUAGUAGAAAGCCCGUUGGAAGGGUUUGGAGAGUUUGAAGGAUAUAAUCCAUAUCCAAGUUCCCACAAUCAACAUGGAACAACAAGUAGCAUUCAACAAGCUGCAGAGGGAUACAUCAAAAGUUCUUUCAUUGUUGAAGAUUUUGACUCAGUUUCAUUGCAUCAGGAAUGCUACUGGCCUUAGUUAUAGUUCUUGAGUUUAUGAGUCAUAAUGCACUAGUAAUAGAUUUCUGAAAUAUUGAAUUAGAAAGUUUUGGAUGGUUUAAAUACAUUUAAUAACUGCAUUAUGAUAUGAUUAUGAAAUUAUUUAAGUUAGAAUGAGUAUUUAUCUUA